AUGUCGUCCACUGCUCCCCAACCUAUCCCAGGCCGCGCUCGCUCUGCCUCUUUGUAUUCUCUCUCUUCUCUCCCUGGGCUUUCCAACUCCCCUAGUGUUUCUCCCAACUCGCCGACUCUGCCGCAAUUGUCACCCUCAUUGGCGGGCAAGUCAUUGACCCAGAUAUUCUCGGGACCUCAGUCUCCUCUCAAGACCACUUCGGCUUUCAAGUCCGAGGGUCCCGGCUUUAUUGGUAUGAAGCCAGGUGUCGUGGAAGAAGAUGAAGACGACCACUCGCACGACGAUUUUCAUGGCGAAUUCCCGGCCUCUCCACCACGUAGCCAUACCCGCCAUACCAGCAUUGGCUCUUGGGGCCGUCCAGGGGACAUGGACCGCGGCCAAGGUCUGCUGAGAAGACUAAGCCUGGGCUCUGCCUUUGCGCCUAGACCGGCGGUUGUGAACUCUUCUCCCCCGCAGAUUCAUCAGCCCACCCCAGCACCACGAGACAACCCCGUACUUCGUAAGCCCUCUCCACUCCGGGGCAAUGGCAACUCUCUUGGUCUGCAGGUUCAGGACCCAAUUAAACAGAGAAGCAUCAGCCCUAUGGGUGAGAGAAUGCUCAAGGGCCACUUUGACGGGUUCGGCAUGUAA